CAAAAUCCUACUACAAUGCAGCGUAUGAUGUGCUUGAACAUGUAACCUCAUCAAUAAAUAAGACAGGGUAAUUACAAACGAUCAAACAUCCACAGACUAUAUGGGUGAUCUCUUAAAGAAAUGUCAAAUCAGUGCAAUUGAGCAUGCCCAAUGGGCAAUAGAUCCUGUUUUCAAUGGACUUGAGACCCUGCUUGGCACUAUGAAAGGAACCGGGCAUGGAUGUAAUGAUAGUCAAUCUUUGAUCGAUCGGUGCCGUGUAAAUGCAUCCUCAGGAUGGGUAACCCGGUCUGAAUCCUGGUUCAAUACGCUGCGAUUGCUUGCUGUAUAUACUUCGACCAAGGAUCGUCAAAGCACAAUGAAUAUGUCUCAGAUUCAAAUGAACGAACCACCAACUAACUUAAGAAUAUUCGAUGCUGUCCGAAUUAUUUUCGAUAAAAUGUUUACCGCCUUGAACAACAUUAAUUCUGGUAAUUAUUCGUCGUCCAAUUAUUCCAUCGAAAAUUAUACGGAUGCUGUGAAUGAAACGGUAAACCAACUCAUAGGUGCAUUAGACAUUACUUUCAGCCCACUUGCAAAAAUUACUCCAUGGACAUCCCAACCCGCACGGACAGAAAUUAUCGGCUUUGUUAGAAAAGCGAUUGAGAUUAUCUUCAAGGCAAUGCAAUUGGCGCAAUGUCGAGAUUGUAAAGGAUUUCAGGCUAAAAUUGAAGAGAUGGAGAAGCAAUCAUCUUCCAACUACACAGCUGCGAUUACGAAGGCUCACGAAUUUAUUGGAAAUUUCGAUAUGAAAGAUGUUCGAGUGGACGCGAUUAUGAAACAAUGUUUGAAAAAAUCAUUAGAAAGAAGUCAAGAUUCAUGUAAGAACAUAUUCUACGCCAUCAGAAUUCUCGCUGGGCAGAUUUCCUCGUCGAGCAGAAUUUCAAGCAGCAGAAGUGUGAUUCUUCUCAAUAACCUCCAACUUGAGUGCAACACCAAUGUGAAAUAUCGAAUAUCUUUCACGUACCAGGCUAUACAAUUGCGCGUAGUAGUCAGUCUCAUUCGGAAAUCCAAAAUUUCGGAUGGUUUUUCUCUAAUAGAAAUGCAACGUCAGAAAGCUCACGCUGCUGUCGACAAAGGGUUUGAUGUUUUUUUCAACGAAAUCCGUACAAAUGCCUGCAGCGCGAAUUACAGUGGAACCGAUAUGAUCGACAGUGCUGCAAAUGUGACGUACACGUUCUUCAGGGUACUAACCGAAUGUGCAUAUUACACAAUGAAAACAGUCAUCCCCGAAACUUCUUCGAGUGUAGCGACCGUUCAGGGCUCAACAUACGCUGCGCUCAAUUCAAUGGUUGGGAGUUUGUUUACUAUAUUAAGAACAAUCCAACAAAAUGAAUUGUCCGGAAUCUUGCAGGAAAUGGAUAUCAUGAAAGAUACAGCAGUCUGUUUAAGUCAUGCUGUGAUUGAUAGUUGGUAUGUACCGUUAAUGAAAAUAGCACACCAACAGAACAAUACUGAAAUGAGAUACGAACUUAAUAAUACGAUAUUCACAUUACGUAAUAUAUGCAGCAAUGUAAUUGAAACUAUGGUCAAUGACAUGAAGUACUAUUUUCAAUCUACGAACAAUUCAAUUUCAAUAGAAUACCAAGGGGCAACCUCAAAGCAGCUCUUCAAACCUGUUACUAACUCUUUCUUCGACGAUAUUCUCUUGGCGUUUACGACUGACGUAAUGUGUAAUGCGAAAACUACAGCUCAUUCGUGUUAGAGCGUAUAAUCCACUCCCAAUGCAGUGUAUCAAACAAUUAACAUACCUGCAUUCGAUAUAGAUAUUCUAAUUCAAUUCAUAUUAAAAUGUUCAAUUCAUUAAAUUAAACAUUCAUUUCAUGCGAUUUUUUCAAAAAUUCUUCUUUCACUGAUCUCGAAAUUUUUGAAUAUAAUUCGUUCCUUCCUAUAAAAAUUAUCGUCAUAGUAGGAUAUUUUAUAUUAAAGGGUGGAACUGAUGGAGUGGAACAAGAUGUUCAAAUUUUAGACCUUUCCACGAUCUUCACUCAAAAUGAAAUUGAGAACAGUGUAGAUACCUUCGGUACUAUUAGGGUUUGAAAUACAUAUCCUUCUUCCACACUGACGUGUGCAGUUCGUACUCAUUUCCAUUUACGUUACAAUAACGAAACAAUUUGUUUUCAACUUUUACAAUAAAAGAAUUUAUCGUUGAUCUCCGUUUGCAUUUGUUAACUUAACUGUGGCACAGGCAAUUCAGGCAACGCUUGCGAAAGAUAUACAGGUGGAUUCCGUUGUACUGUAAAAAACUUCAACCAGUUCAGCAAAACAAACCUACGUUUGUAACUGAACUAUUUCUUUUGAAUUGAGAUGAAUAAUUUAGUGGAUCCCAUAAAUUAGAUUUAAUUAAAGUCUGUCGUACCUCACGAAUAUUCUUGUGUUACAGCCAAGCUAUUAGAUGAAUGGGAAAAGAGAUAUUAAAACAACCAAAUCUCGGAUUAUUACAUUCUUCACAUUUUCUGUAUAUUAAUACUUGUCAAAUUGGACAGGUAUUUCCGCUUUAUCAAUAAAUGAUUAUCCAAUGACACAAAUCACUGUUAACUGUAAACUAUUACAGCAUGGAAAUGCGAUGAAAGCAAUUUUCAAGAAAUAUCGAAAAUCAUAUUUUCUAAUUUCUAGAAUCAUUCUGAUCUGAAAAUCACUUGAUAAGCAGUUCGAACUUAAAUGAUAUAUCCGUAAUCACUGACAGACCAAUUUCAACCGAGAGUUAUCAGGAUCUAUCUAGUUUUCAAGGACUUAUGUGUGUAAUAAAAUAUUUGUUCGACUUAAUUUCGAGCGUUGAGGAGCAUAUCUAUGUAAUAUUGCAUACCUACUAUAGUCUUAUAGGUGUUUAAAAUAAAAUUGAGAACAAUUUGUAUAAUUUUCAUUGAUCUAGCAUGAUUUCGACCUAUACGCCUUUACAUCCUUAAAAUACAGCGCAUUACGGAAUUACAAUAUUUCUAACAUCUCAAACAGACUUGAGGUAUUUCUAAUGUCCAAUCGACUAAAUUCCGGUGAAGUCGUGUUACUUCAUGAAUUGUACGUUAACUCAAAAAGUUGAUUGCACAUGCUUGAAAGACGCAUAAAGAACCAUAGUAUUUUAAAACAGAUAUCACCUGUAUGCUCACUAU